AUGAAAGAAGGCACCCCGGCCCCGGUCCCGGUCCAAGGCCCGGUUUCGGCCGCCGCCUCGCCGUUGGAAACCGCCGGACUCAAGACGACGUCACCACAUUCACAUCUCGCCGGCCUAGCGACACAAACACAAAAGACUCGCGCCGCACUUCUCGGUGGUGGUGAGAUCGUCGAGACAAAACCAACAGCUUCAAUCUCAAAAGCUGCCGCCGAAGGAAUCACUACUACGAGCACAAAAUGGAACACCAAGAACAUCGGCCUGCGACUAGGUGCUGACCUCGUCAGCGCUGCUUCAGCAGCUGUGCUCGUUGCGCCUGUUAUUUCCAUUAUCGAUCGCUCAAUAAUGGAAAACGCCUCCGGCGCAGCUUCCAUCGGCACCUCCCUCCGCCGCUCCCUACGCUCUUUGUUGCUAUCCCCCCGCGCAACGAUCCUCUCCCGCCCCUUCGGCCUCAUCUUCCUCCUAUACGGCGGCACCUACCUAACAGCCAACACACUCGACACCGCCGUCGGUACCCUCAACAACAACCCCAACCCGGCGCACGUAACCUCAGGGUCAUCCAAAUUCUUCGCCUCGAGCGCGGCCAACAUCGGUCUCUGCAUAUACAAAGACCAAGUCUUUGUGCGCCUCUUCGGCCCGCCCGGCGCCACGCCGAGACCAGUCGGAUUACCGAGUUAUUUGCUUUUCGCGGUGAGGGAUUGCAUGACGAUCUUUGCGUCGUUCAACGUCCCUCCCUUACUGGGGCCAGUUUUGACGGAAAAGAUGGGGGAGAGAGCUCAAAAAUGGGUGAGUGGACAGACGAUGGCGCAGUUUGCGGCGCCGGCGGUUGUGCAGCUUUUUAGUACACCCGUGCAUCUGUUGGGGUUGGAUAUGUAUAAUCGGCCCUCCGGAGCGAUUGGUCAAGGGGAGCAGAAGGGGCCGAGUUGGGGGGAGAGGUGGACGCUGGUGAGGAAGAACUGGGCAGUUAGUGUGGCGGCGAGGAUAUGUAGGAUCGUGCCGGCUUUUGGGGUGGGCGGGGUUGUUAAUAUGAAGGUUCGGAAGGGUUUGAUGGAGCGGUUGAGUUAG